CACUCUUAUUGCCGCUUGUCUUGUAGUGUUGGAUUUCGGUCUGAACAACACACAAUUGAACAAAAAAUGGCCAUUGAGCCAAACCCAACGUUACCGGCAGCUGCCCAGCAAGCUCCCGUCGAACAAGAUGCGCGGGAAAGGCUGGACAACGCCUCUGUGGGCUCAGGCAGCGCCAGUCGAGGUGGACCGGACAUGAGCAAAGGGCCCAUUGCCGUAUUCAACGUGCCCAAGGAGAAACAGGAACAAGAACACCAACGCCAUGACAACGAGGCUGCCGCCGGUGUUGCGACCGAGAUUGCGCCGGCCAUGCCGUACAUCUCAAGCUCGCCAGGUCCUUCAUCAGGCGAGCAGUCGGGGGCGGAGGUGGAUGCGGAGCAACAAGCCACAGUCGGCGAAUUUCCAGGUCGACGUGCCGGUCUGAGCAGCACACUCCCUCUUGCUGCCGGCGAAUUGCCGCCUCCACCCACCAUCGCCGGGAUUCGUCUCCACGAGGAGCCGGAUGCAACUGGCAAAGGCGUUCCAAGUUCUGCCGGAGUCGUCGCUGUUGGAGCCGGUGCGGGUGACGGCGGCGGCAACGAGCAAGGCCGCGAAAGUUCCGACUCCGAGAACAUGAACGCCAAACAGUCGGACGCGAUGCGAAAUGUGCUCAACCUGCCCGACCUGAUCAUUACGCUCCAGGAUGUGAGUUACUGGAUUCCGACACCGCGUCGCUCACUGAAGGAGCUGAUGUCUCGGAAGAAGAAGCCGAGUUCGGGCCAAGUUGUUCCCGAGCGUCCCAAGCGCAUCUAUCUCCUCAACCACAUCACCGGCACCAUUCGGCCGAAACAAAUGACCAUGCUGAUGGGCAAGAGUGGUGCCGGCAAAUCGACCCUUCUUGAUGUCAUUGCGGGCCGCAAGACUUUUGGCACGGUCGAGGGCACGCUGCUCUUCAACGGCCAGCCACGCCCGCACAACUUCCGUCGCUUGUGUGGAUACGUUGAGCAGACCGACACACUGAUGCCAACACUGACCCCGCGCGAGCACUUUUACUACACGGCACGAUUGCGACUCCCGUCUUCUUUGGAGAAGGAUGAGAUCGACGAUCAUGUGAGUUCAGUCGUCGCAAAGCUGGGGCUUCAAGGAUGCGCGGACACGGUUGUGGGAGGAUUGCGGCACCGCGGCAUUUCCGGCGGCGAGGCCAAGCGUGUCAACAUUGGCCUAGAGCUCAUCACUUCGCCCACGGUCUUGUUCUUGGAUGAGCCAUCGUCUGGAUUGGAUGCGACAACUGCAUUUGACAUUAUGCGCGUCGUACGCAAGAUUUGUGACGACGGCACUGGCGUCCUGUGUACGCUCCACCAACCAAGCCGUGAGAUCUGGGAGUUGUUUCACAACCUCGUCUUGCUCUCCACGGGAGGUGUUGCUUUCUUUGGACCGACCAACCUUGCUGUGCCGUACUUUACCAGACUUGGAUUUGAGUGCUUGCCCGGGAAAAAUCCUGCCGAGUUUGUUUUGGACGUGCUGAACAGCACCACACCAACAGGCUACACCAGUGUUCGGGGCCCGCACGUCGAUGACGAAUUCUUUUUGAAACAGUACACUGACUCUCGCAUGGCAGAGGAGCGCAACUACUCUGCUCUUGCUACGGCAGAGCAGGCGGCCGCCGAGGCAGCUGCACUCUCCGAGAAGGACUUGAACGAGACAUUUCCGCUCUUUCAAAAUUCUGCCCAGCACAACAUGAAGGUGUUGCUGCAGCGCAGCGGCGUUCGCCUGCGACGUGACUCGAACUUUUACGUCAAUCGACUGAUCGUGCCGACCAUUGUUGCCCUCAUCCUCUUGCUGCUCUACCUCGACAGUCCGUACGACAUGUCGGGCAUUCGCAAUCGGCAGUCCAUCAUCAUGUUGACCGUGACAUUCUUCCUGAUUGGAACCAACAGUCUGAUUUCGUUGUACAUUGAAGACCGAAUCUUCUUUACAAGAGAGCGCAAUGCCGCUGCGUAUCAAGUGUCUUCCUAUUACCUUGCGACCACGCUGGUCGAGCUCCCCAUUGUCACGCUGAAAGCUUUCAUAUGGGUGACACUCGUCUACUGGACGGUGCCUUUCGAUGAGACGGCGGACAAGUACUUUUUCUUCCUCGCAGUCGGCGUUGUGCUCGCGGAUAUCGGCAUUGCCGCGGCACAGUUUUUUGGGUUUUUCAUUUCGACCUUGGAAAGCGCCGUUUCUGGAAUGAUUAUCUUUGCGCUCACGGCGCUCACAUUCUCUGGUUUCUUCAUCCGGUUUCAGGACAUUCCCGAUGGUUGGAUCUGGGCGUACUAUAUCUCUCCCGCGCACUACGCCAUCGCAGCGCUUGUCAUCAGCCAAUUCGAUGGCACAACUGCGUACUCACAAACCCAGACAGUCUGCUUGACGGGCGAGACCAACCUGAUCUGCCCUGCUCCCGGAAACAGCUCGUCGCCCAUUCCCUGCACUGACCUCCUGCUUCCUUUGCCUUCCUCUGUCAUUCUAACGCAACUCGGCGCCCAAUCUGGCUUCUUCGGCUCCAUCUGGCCAAACUUUGUGGCCCUCAUCAUCUUUUGGGUGAUUUUCCGGGUGGCAUCGUACUGCGCGCUUCGUUUCCGUCAACACGGCAGACGUUAAAUUUGACGAGCGGCACGAACAAAGGGUUGGUCAAUGUUCAUUUCAUGUGUCGUCGGAUCCUUUUUGUUUUUUCGCAUCAACGUGUCUUUAAUGCGCACGAUCUGGCUUGUUUUGGAUGGGACUGUAUUGGUGCGCACUUGUAAAGUAAAAAUUGUUCCAUUUUCGAAGAAA